AUGGUUUAUUCUCAACGAAGAAAUUAUAAUUCCUAUGAAAAUAAAAGUUUGCAUUUCUCAAUUCAAUUGUUAAGCAUUAUUCAGAAAACAAUCAAAAGAAAAAUUGUUCAUAAAAUCAAAUUAAAAAAAGAUUUUUAUAAAACUUUAUCCAAAGAAGGAUCAAAUUUAAAAACUCCCGAUUUUUAUCAAGGGAUAUUUGAAAAAGAAGAUCCUUUUGAUAAAGAAGAAGAGAAUGGCAAAAAUAAUGACAAUGAUACGUUAGAUGGAAGAGAGAUAGACAUAGAUACUUCCAUGAAAAAGAAAAAUAAUCGAAAGAACAAUAAUAAAAUUAAUCAAAAAUUUAAACCAAAUCCAUUUCAUAAAGCUUUACAUGAAAGAGAACGUAAAAAGCUUGACAAUCAGGCCAAAGUGGAGGCAACAACGACGUUGACCUUACAAAUACUUUCUUUACGAGUUAAACCUUAUACUGCACAAGCACAUGGAGCUGUAUCAACAGUUUCUCCUUCAGUUCCUCCUUCAGUUCCUCCUUCAGUUCCUUCAGUUCCUUCAGUUGUUUCGUCCGAAAUUCAGAAUAUGAGACCACCGCUAAACCUUGAAACUUCUAAUCCUUUAGUGAUACUUCCUCAACCUGUUCCAAUAACUAAAGAAAACGAAAAACUUCUUCCAAACAUUUUUUCGGAAAAUCUUGCUGUUUUACAUGCUUGUUUAAAGUUAGGAAAUAUCGACCGUGCAAAAAAAAUUUUAAGGGCUUUAUAUGUUUCAAGUCCAAGUGAAAUGAUUCAUCACCUAGAUAUCAAUGUACAUAACGCAUUCAUAGAAGCUUUCGUUGAUGCCCCUAAACCAGAUCUUGAUUCGGCUUUACAUUGGUUAGAUUAUUUGGAUCGAUUUGGUCUGAAACCCAAUGUUAUGACAUUUUCGAUUUUAAUUCGAGGAUAUUUAAGAUCACGAUCGGAAUUUAAAUGUUCAACAUUAUUAAAGGUUUUAGUUCAUGAAAUGGAAGCGAUUGGUCAUACAGUUGAUCAAUUAAUGAAAAGCCAUUUAAUGACAGAUAAAGAAGUAAAAGAAAUUUUUGAGACCUUGAGAUCAGAGAAAGAUUCAGAUCCCGACUCUCGCCAACUUUUAGAGAAAUUAGAAAAGGCAUAUUUAAGGGAACAAAAAAGUAUAAAUGAAGAUAUCAUCGGUGAUCAAUCUAAAAUAGAAGAACCUAUUACCGAAUUAAAUGAAACAAUUUCUGGAUCACAAAGUUCCACAAAAGUAGCCAUUGGUGUGAAACUUAUGAAAUCCGCAUUAGAAGCUAUUAAAGAAAAUCAUUUAUCCGAAUAUGAACGUCAAGUGAGAUUAGAAGAAAACGCGUUACAUGCCGCAAUAGAACGUUGGAAAUAUGAAUAUGAACAAAUGAAAAAAGUAGGAAAGGCAAAUACUGGAACUCCUAGUUUAAAAAAAUCUAUGUGGCUUUGGCAUGAAAAUUUAUUUCCUAUGAUUCAAGUUGAAUUGGACGCUUGCAAAGAUCCUAAAAAUAGAGACACGGAACGAGCACAUUAUGGGCCAUUCUUACAAUUAUUGAAAGCUGAUGAGCUUUCUGCCAUUACAAUUAUGGAAAUAAUGCGUCAAAAUGGUACUGGUGGUGUCAUAGAUGGGAUGAAGACCACUCGCGGGAUAAUGGCAAUCGGUAAAGCUGUAGAAAGCGAAUAUAAUGCGAAACAUAUAAAAAAGAAACAAAACCGAAAACUUUUCAACAUGACUAUUCGACGUGCUGCAGCAAAAAUCGAACAUGAAGAUUUUGAAAAAGACUGGAAACCGGAAUGGCCACCAGCAAUUAGGGCGAAAGUUGGUUCCGUGUUGGCGGCAUUGUUAAUUGACACGGCUAAAAUACAAGUUUCAACUAUGGAUGCUAACGGUAAAAGAAUUACCGAAAUGGCUCCCGCCUUUUUUCAUUCCUAUGAGUACAGUAAAGGAAAGAAAAUCGGAGUUAUUAAAUUAAAUCCUCAAUUGAUUAAAUGGUUAUCUAGUGAAUCUAUUAGGGAACAUUUACAUCCCCGUAUGUUGCCAAUGUUAAUUCACCCAAAACCUUGGUUGACUUAUAACAGUGGGGGAUAUUUGACGUCUCCAACUCUUGCCAUGAGGAUAAAAGAUUGUCCGGAGCAGAUCUCAUAUCUAAAAAGAGCUUCUGAAUUACAUUACUUAGAACGAGUGUUUGCGGGAUUAGAUGUAUUGGGAUCCACUUGUUGGGCUGUGAAUAAGAAAGUAUAUGAAGUUGUUUUAAAAAUAUGGAAUAGUGGUGAAGGAAAAGUUGAUAUUCCUCCCGCUGAACUUAAUAUUGAAAUGCCUGAAAAACCUGAAGAUGAAACAGAUCUUAAAGCAAGAAGCAAAUGGGCAAAAGCAUGUAGGGAUAUUAAUCAAAAGAUGCGUAAUAAUUAUUCGCUUAGAUGUUCGGUAAAUUAUCGAGUGGAUAUUGCCGGGGCUUACUUAAAUGAGCCAAUGUAUUUUCCUCAUAGUUUAGAUUUCCGAGGUCGAGCAUAUCCAAUACCAUCACAUUUUAAUCAUUUAGGAGAUGAUUUAUGUCGUGGAUUAUUAAUGUUUUGGGAAGCCAAAACUUUGGGAAAACCAGGAUUAAAAUGGUUAAAAAUUCAUUUAGCAAAUUUGUAUGGAUUUGAUAAAGCCGCAUUUGAAGAUCGAGAAAAGUUCGCAGAACAACAUAUUGAUGAUAUAAUGGAUUCCGCGGAUAAUCCAUUAGAAGGUAAACUUUGGUGGCAAGAAGCUGAGGAUCCUUGGCAAUGUUUGGCAGUUUGUUUUGAACUUACCGAAGCCAUAAGAUCAGGUGAUCCGGAAGGUUUUAAAUCAAGAAUACCCGUACAUCAGGAUGGUACUUGUAAUGGAUUACAACAUUACGCCGCACUUGGAGGUGACAUGAUUGGUGCUACUCAAGUGAAUUUAGCUCCAUCUGAUAAACCAUCUGAUAUAUAUACUGGAGUAGCAGAAAGAGUACAAAAAAAGAUUGAAGAAGCAGCUGCUGAAGAUGAUGAGAAGGCUAAAAUAUUAAAAGGAAAAAUUUCACGUAAAGUCGUAAAGCAAACUGUAAUGACAAAUGUAUAUGGUGUAACUUUCAUUGGAGCUAAAAUGCAAAUUGAGGCACGUCUCAGAGAAAUAGAUGAAAUACCUAAAGAAAGAAUUUUAGAAUUGGCCACUUAUGCUACAAAACUUGUAUUUAGUUGUUUGGGAGAAAUGUUUAAUGGUGCACGUGCAAUUCAAAAUUGGCUGAAUGAUAGUGCCAAAUGGGUUUCUAAGAGUGUGCCAUCAGAAUUGGUACUAAAAUCAGCCGAUGAAUUAGAUGGUGAGGAUAUUGAUCCCAAUGAGAAAGAUCCUUCAAAAAAAUCAAUCGUCAAGAUUCAACCAAGUAAAGCUGGACCAAAUCAAAUGACGGCAGUUGUUUGGACGACCCCAUUAGAUUUACCCAUUGUUCAACCAUAUCGAAAACAAACAAAGAGAGCAAUUAAAACUAAUCUUCAAACCAUAAACAUUGUAGAUCCAGGAAUUCCUAGUCCAGUGAAUGGUAUUAAACAACGCGCAGCAUUCCCACCAAAUUUUAUUCAUUCAUUAGAUGCAACUCAUAUGCUUAUGACAGCUCUUGCGUGUAAAGAAAAAGGAUUAACAUUUGCGGCGGUACAUGACAGUUAUUGGGUUCACGCUUGUGAUGUCGAAACGAUGAAUGAAGUUAUUCGUGAUCAAUUCAUUGAACUUCAUGAACAACCUAUUAUGGAAAAUCUUCGAAAUGAAUUUUUGGAACGAUAUAAGGGAUACAAAGUUCCUGUUAGAGUUCUAAGAACGGAAUUUAAGAAACUUAAAAUGGAAAAGUUGGAAAAUCUUAAACAAGGGAAGAAAGAUGAUGAUGUUUCAGUAGAAAUAACAGAUAAUGGAUAUGAAGAUACACUUAGUUUGGAUGAAUUAACUAAAAUUACACCAAAUGAACCACCAAAGGAAGUUACUACGGAAGCAUCUCUUUCAUCUUCAAAAGGCACAAAUUUAAUGAAUGAAUAUAUUAGUGAAUUAAAAGGUGGAGAUAAUCGAUAUUUAAUAGACAAUAUAGAUUUUGAUAAGAUACCAGAUCAAUUUCUUGCAGACGAAAAUGAAAUUAUUAAUUGUGAUAAUGAAGAAGGUAAAAAAUCAAAAUAUCUUAAUAUUUGGGUAGACAUAAAUUUUUCAGAGGUACCAAAAAAGGGAGAGUUUAAUGUGUCGCAAGUCAAGAAAAAAAAUAUAUCAAAUAAUAAUUUGUAG